AUAGUGACAAAUGUCACUGAACUCGGAACUGUUGAACCACAUCUGAAUUCUUUACACAGGUUUUAAUUAAUUAAUUAAAGUAUUUUAUUAAUUACAAAAUGACUGAUGUAAAAUCCGAUCAUGUGAUAGUUGAAAAAAUUGUAAAUGCUGCGAAAGAGAAACCUAAAGGAUUGACAUUAACCGAUAUGGCUGCUGAAGUUCCCGAAUUAUCACCAGCAGAACUUGUUGAGGUCAUUAAUAAACUUCUACAACAAGGUCUAAUUGAACUGUAUAAACAAGGUGCAUCAUUAAUAUAUAAGUUAAAAAAUCAAUCUGCAAAACAAGUUAUAAAAGGUGCAGAUAAUGAAGAAAAGGUAGUAUAUAAUCUUAUAGAAGAAGCAGCUAAUAAGGGAAUAUGGAUUCGAGACAUAAGAAACCGAUCAAACUUAACCAUGACACAACUUCCAAAGAUUUUAAAGAAUUUGGAGAGUAAGAAACUCAUAAAAGCUGUUAAAUCUGUUAAUGCUUCAAAAAAGAAAGUUUAUAUGCUAUACAAUUUGGAGCCUGAUAGAUCUGUGUCUGGAGGAGCUUGGUAUCAGGACCAGGACUUUGAAUCUGAAUUUGUUGAUAUACUCAAUAGGCAAUGUUUAAGGUUUCUUCAACAAAGAGCAGAUAAAAUUAAAAAUAAUCCUCGAGGACCAAUAGUUGGCCGAACACAAUCCUAUGCAACAGCAGCUGAAGUACAUAAAUAUAUAACUGACUUAGGUAUAAGUAAAGUUAAAUUGGAGGUUGAAGAUGUGAUAACAAUUUUAAACACGCUAGUGUUUGAUGGCAAAGCAGAAAGUAGUGUAUAUCCUGAUGGUAGUAAAGUUUAUAGGGCCAUUGAAUCCCUUCUGCCUCCACCAGGCCUGGUGCAAGUACCCUGUGGCAUAUGCCCUUUAAUACACAGGUGUUCAUCCACUGGACUCAUAACACCACAAGAGUGCAAAUAUAUGAGUGAAUGGCUUGAACAGUAAACAUUUAUGUAUCAAGCAA